AUGUCGCCGUCAAACUCAAGUAGCAGCAGCUGGCCGUGGUCGCCGCACAGCCGUCCGAUGGCCGUCGACUCUCGUCACCGAGUAACCACCCGCUGCGCGUCGCUCUGGCGCAAAGCGAAGAGCGCCGCGUUGGGAAAAGCGAAGACGGUUGCUAGCAGCGAACGGGACGCCGGUGAACCUGCCGACCAUGCACACAGCGGGUCGGCUGAUCGUUCGUCUGACGCUGCGCAUCCUGUCGCGAAUCCACCGUGCGAAACGUCGCCCGUCGCCUGCGAUUUCGCCGAAGACCCGUUGGCGACGCCGCCAGGCCAGGGCGUGUUCGGAAACCUGUCGAGCGACUGCCUAGAAGUCGUUUUUCGUCGCCUGGGCGACGCGCGCGACGCCGUGCGAGCGAGCUGCGUGUGCAAGGCGUGGCACAGCGCGUUUCACGGCUCCACCCGCCACGUGUCGCUCCAGCUGGACCCCGUCUUGCUACAGUGGCAGCCGUCGUUCCGCCCCGUCUAUGCGGCGCACCUCGAUACAGUCACAAGCGCACUCACGCCGGGCAUCCGCAGCGGAAGCGGACGUGGCGGAGAGAGCGGAGUGGCAGCAGAUGGUCAAUUUCUAGCGUCCAGCGGGGAAACUAGCAGCCGUGGAGGCGGGUGGACUGGCGGCCGAAGCAUCAUGAGCAUGGGUGAGGUAACCAGUGGGGGGGAAGGGUCAGGUGGAGUGGCGGGGUGGUGGUGGGAUCCCAUGGCGUCAGGCGGGUGGCAUGUGAACCACACCGACCGCUUCGACUGCAACAGCCUCGCCCGCCCUGGCUGGAUGGCCCACGAACCCUACCACCGCUCCUUCUCGCCAGACCUCAUCCGAGCCUUGCUCCAGCAGUUCCCGAACCUCACCUCCGCCUGCCUGCCAGUAACGGUGCGCGGCAGCGAAGCAACAACCGAGAUCCAGCCAGUCCUCAUUGCGUUGGCCUCCUGCAGUGCUCUGUGCUCGCUGCACGUGCAGGUGAACGCGGGGCGGAGGGUCAACAACCCUCCUCUGCUGCUCGACCUGACCGCCCAAGUAGCAACGCUCCUACCCGCCCUGCCCUCCCUGCGCGCCCUCUCCCUGCAGUCCGCGCACUGCUUCCUCCGCUCCUCGCCCCCACUGCUCGCCUCCUUCUCCCACCUGCACCACCUCGCUCUCCCCGUGCUCCACCUGCCCGCACCCCUGCUCGCCCUCACACGCCUCUCCUCCGUCGCCCUCGCCGUGCUCUGCCCACUCUGUCCCGCGCUGCUCGCCUCGCCCGCGCCCUUCCACCGCCUCACGCGCCUCUCAUCCCUCGCGCUGCAUCUCGGCGCCAGUGAUGACUGCCAUCCCUGCCCCAUGUGCACCGUCACCGAUACUGCCCAUGGCAGCACCAGCGGCAGCAGCAGCAGUCAUGGUAGUGGAGGUGGUGCUGGUGGCGGUAGCAGUGCCAGCACCGCCAAACCCUCAACCUCUCUCACCGCUCUCUCUCCCCUGACUGACCUCUUCUCCGGCCUCUCUCCCUCCCUCACAUCCCUCACCUACUCCCCCCCUGCGUUUCCUCCCCCCGCGCCCACCUCUCUCCCCGCCUCGCUCAUCACCCUCACCGCCCUCCGCACCCUCCGACUGCUCGCCCCAACCGCUGCCACCACAGCACACUUCUGGGGGGACCUGGACGGCCUUUCGCGUCUCACCCAGCUCACCUUCCUGGAGCUUUCCUGUGUGGCGGGGAAUGCAGUGCCGGCGUCACUGCAGGGGAUGCCGCUGCUGGCACAUCUGGUGCUGCCGUGGGCUCAGAGCGACCCUGCACGGGUGGUGCCCUCGCUGAGUGCUUUGAGGGAGCUGGAGAUCGGCACAGGGGCUCUUAGGAUCGAACCACAGGUGGAAGCAGCGACAGCAGGACGGGCAGGGCAGGCAGGGCAGGGAGCACCAGGAGCAGCAACAGCAGAAAGCACCCCAAAUCCGCCGACCAGCAACACCCUCUAUGCCUAUGCCCUGUCUGAGCCAUGUCAACCCACGGCCACUUUCGCCGCACCUCCCGUGCUGCUGCCCCCCAGCCUCACAUCCCUCAGACUACUCCACACGGACCACCGCCCCCUCCACUUGCCCGCCCUCGCCUGCUCCUCGCUGCGCCGCCUCUCCUUCUCCUUCAACGUCGAGCUCGCCGCCCGUGUGCCGCCCCACGCCUGCUUCUUCCCAAACCUGCAGUUCCUCGAGCUCUUUCGCGUGGAGGGGUCGUUCGGGUGGGGCAACGGGCAGUGGCUCGGGGCCAUGCCGAGCCUCACGCACUUCAUCAGCCGCUGCCCUAAGCGCAACCACUCCUACCUGCUCCACAGACUCGCGCCUUCCUUGAAGUUUCUCCACUUGGAGGACCCCUCUCCCAAGGUCCCACUGGUAGUCCUCCCCUCCCUCACGUCCCUCACCAUCGACAAGUACUGCGACGUGAGUGCGCUGCUCUCCUCCCUCGCCGCCUUCUCCGCCCUCCACACGCUCCGCUUCAACUGCUUCUCACAGGUCGCGGCCGACAGAAAGCUCUCUCCGGGGCGAGUGGGACGCCCGCCGGCUCUCAGGGUGCUGCAGUUCAGAUUCGCUCAGAUCCACGCGCUGCCGGAGUUUUUCCCGGCGUUCCACUGCUUGCGAGUGAGUGGGUGCUCAAAACUCCCCCCUCCUCCCCCUUCACUGGUUCCCCUGCUGGUGCCGGCCAGAUAG